AUGUUCUCCAAGGUUCUUUUCUGCUGCCUCGUCGCCUACGUGGCCUGCGGUGUUGUUGUCGAACACGUUCUUCUUUGCUGCCUUUUUGCCUACGUGGCCUGUGGCGUUGUUGUAGAACAACUUCUUCUGUGCUGCCUUUUUGCCUACGUGGCCUGCGGCGUUGUUGUCGAACACGCUCCAUCCCAGCCAUACAGCUUCGGCUUCGACAACGUCGACGAGUUCGGCACCCGCAUGACCCGUCAGGAGACCGGAGAUGAGUUCAACAACAAGGUCGGCUCCUACAGCUACGUUGAUGCAUUCGGUGUCACACGUGUGGUGAAAUACGUGGCCGACGCCACCGGCUUCCACCCCACCGUCGAGACCAACGAGCCGGGAACAAAGACCUCCGUCCCAGCCGACGCUCCGUUCUUCUCUAGCGCCGUUGAGGGCCCACACCCGGUCGUUGUCAAGGCUGCCCCAGUUGCCGCGGUUCACGCUGUGCACGCUGCUCCAGUUGCCGUGCGCGCCGUUCACGCCGCCCCGGUGGUGCACGCUGCUCCUUUCGCCUACGCCCACCACGCUCCUCUCGCCUACGGUCUUGCCAAGCACUUUUAG